CUUCCGGUAUUCACAUGUUUACCUUUAUUUUCUGGACUGUUUUAUGUUGUGUUCACUCAAUCCAGGGUCUUAUUGAACUAUCCCAGGACAUAGCAGCCUCCGGUUUGUUAAACGGCAUAUCAAGUCAAAUAUUGGCUCCCAACGACUCAAAAUUACAGGAGUUUGCUGUCAUAUUUAAUCAUUACGUAAAUCUGACUGUGGCAGAGAAGAAGAGUAGAGAAGUAUUGAGCAGACUAGCGGCUGAGUCGACUAAUACUACUGCAGAUGACGAAAGUGAAGACUUGUAUGGAUCGCUAGCAUGGGAAACUGCCUUAGAUGAUGCAUUGGCUGAAGAAAAUAUAACAGUAGAAUUCAAACUACUUAACGAUACAGUUAUUGAAUAUAUCGAAACGUAUGCAAGUAAUCCCGAGAACAUUAAGGCAUUAUACCAUUUAUACCAACAAAGACUGGAUUUGGACAGAAAUCAGAAGAACUUAACAAGACUUGAAGAAAAUGAUUCAAAUAAUAAUGAUACUGACGGAGUAGGAGAAUUUGGUAGUGGAACAGGAAACACUGAAGAGAAUCCAUUUUGGGUUGCGGAUGACACUCCAACCCGCCGGAUCUUCAGAGGAAAGACAGUCAAUAUCAAAACCUACCCGUUUAUAGUGAGCGUUCAUGUAUUGAACACUUUUGCCUGUGCCGGCUCCAUCAUUAAAGACGACCUUGUCAUCACCGCAGCAUCAUGUUUACAGCUAGCUCACAAUAAUCGCUUCUAUCGCGAGAACCCUAGCUUCAUCGCCAUUCGCGCCGGGUCCGACUUCUUCUUCUUUGGCGGCGAGAUCGUUCCCGUCAUGGAAGUCUACUUCCACCCCUCAUACAAUCCCAAAACCCUGCACGGUAACCUGGCUAUCAUGCAGCUCCGAAAGGUGCUCAGCUUCAGGCAUUCGAGAGUAAAGAAGAUAGAGAUUGACCGAGCCGCGGCUGCUUUGCCGGAGAACACACCACCUAUUACUAUUCUUGGAUGGGGCGCUAAAACGGAGAGCAAUAUACAAUAUCAUCGAACCAGGUUACAUGCGUCUAGUCUGGACUUCUACGAUAGAGAGUCGUGCAGAGAAAUAUAUGGAAAGAAGUUCGUAACUAGAACAAAUUUCUGCGCCGGUUUCAUAUCAAAAGGCGAAGGUGCAUGCAAUCAUGACGUAGGCGACCCAGGCGUCUCGGGUAUGUACUUAGUGGGCGUUACCAGCUUUGGCUCUCUGAUUUGCGGACGACCUGACACGCCCACAGUGUUCACCAAGGUCGGGUUUUAUGUCGACUGGAUUCAAGCCAUCAUGGAUCAGAAAAAAAUUCGAUUCACUCACAGUACUACAACAGAAAGACCCUUUCGAGUAUUGGAUAAACCAAUCAUUCUAUACGGGAUCGGCGGGGAAUCAGAACCAAUCCCCUUACAACGUGAAGGUACAAAUACCGAGCCAGCUCAAGACACUGCACCCAUAGAUGAACACCUCGAAAUAGUGCUGAAUGAACUUAAAAAGCUUGGAAUGCAAAGCAAAGAGAGUGCGGAUCUAAUCCGAAACAUACAAUCAGGAACUCCCCAAAAAGAAGAAGUAAAUCUACCAGACGAAGAACAAGACCCGGAAAUAAAAUACAAUAACGGACUUAGUACCGAAAAUAAUCCAGUAGUAGUACAUCAAUUUAUUGAUUCUGAUCGGUCUCCAGAAGAAGAAAUCGGUAAUGCAUUAAGAGAAGAAGAUCUACACAAUAAAGAUGCUGAAGCCAAAAAUGAAGAAGAGAUCACAUCUCUAGAAGAAACAAAUAUGGAUAGAAGUGACGUAGAUUCAGAUGGUAUAAGUAUGAAUCCAGUAGAUCGUGCAACCAAAGUAUUUGACUUUGAACCAAAACCUACAGAGUCAAGAGAAAUUCAAAAAACAGAUAUAGAGAAUGUCAGAGUGACAAAACCACCGGAAAAUAAUUUCAAUUUGGAUUCAGAAACUGAUAUCUCUGAGAACGCUCCUUCAGCAAAAAAAUCAACUGCUGAUAAUGUUGAUCUCGUAUCAAGAGAAACAGGUGUUAACACCAAAGAAAACUUUGAUAAAACUAGUCUAAUUAAAAAACAACUUCCAAUGGUUAAAAAUGACAAUACUAUUUUAAGAAAAAAACAUCGUAAUCCUACUGUAAUCAAUUUUCAGUUCGAAGAUAUACAUAUGCCAAAACAUACAGAUAGGCACACUGUGCAUAAGGGUUACAUCCCUGCAAAUCCUCCAAAUAUUCUUGGAAAUCCACAUCCUAUUGAUUUGGAAUAUGAUGGUAAAAAUAUUUUACCCAAAUAUCAAGACACUCAUGCAGCUACUCAAAAUGAAAAUAAAAUUCAAGUCCAGUAUACAGAAGUUACUAAAAAUGCUAGUUUAGACAACAUUAUAUGGAAAGAAAGUCGUGAAUCUACUACCGAUAAAGAAGAAAAAGGUCAUGCUGAAUUUGCAAAUGAUAUUACAGACGAUAUUGUAAAACAUGAAAUCCAGAAAUUAAUAGAACAGCUGGAAAUAAGCAGUGAGUUAAAUUCUCAAACUGAGGACUAUAAGUAUACUGAUAAAAGUCCAUUACGCAAUAAUUUGAAAGAUAUAGAUAUAGAUAAAACUAAAGAUUCGGGAACCGUACUAACUCUACUUUAUUUGACAGAUGUUGACGAGAAAGUUCAUCCACGAGCAUAUUUAGGCACACAUGAAGAAGGAUUGAGUAUAGAUCCCAAACCGUUUAAAAAAGAAAUUCACGACAGUAAUAACUUAAUAGGGAAAAGUGAGAUAUACAAAAUCUUUGCGGACGUCAUGAACACUGUAGUUAAUAAAACAUUGGAAUAAAAUUU